AUGCUGUCGAGAGCUGCACGGCCCGUUUUCAAGGCUGGCACCGCCGCCGCUGCCGCUCGUCCAGUGGCGAUUGGAGCGACCAAUGCCGCCAACUAUGCUACCCUCCGCGAGAUUGAAGGCCGUCUGAAGUCGAUUCGCAACAUAGAGAAGAUCACCAAGACGAUGAAAAUUGUUGCUUCUACCAAGCUUACCCGCGCGCAAAGAGCCAUGAAUGAAUCCCGUAACUACGGUCAAACCUCGCAGGAAGUCUACGAGCAGGCCGAGACAAAGCCAUUAGAGGGCGAGAACAAAAAGUUAAUCAUCGUCUGCAGCUCUGACAAAGGUCUUUGUGGAGGUAUCCACUCAGGUCUAAGCAGAAAGAUUCGUGCUCUUCUGCAGCAAAAUGCAAACUUUGAUCUCGUCAUCCUAGGUGAAAAGUGCAAGGCGCAGUUGGUGCGGUCCAGUCCCAAGAGCAUUGUUCUCAGCUUCGCUGGGAUUGGCAAGGAUGUUCCAACCUUCGCGGACGCUUCAGCCAUCGCCGACCAGGUCUCUCUGCUUCCAACCGAGUAUUCUUCUGUUCAAGUUCUAUACAACAAGUUCAUCAAUGCAACAAGCUAUGAGCCGACCUUUAUCGACGCUUUCUCGGAGGAUGCCAUAACACAGUCCCCAAACUUCGCUGCAUACGAAAUUGAGGAUGAGACCCUACCCAACCUGCGUGAAUAUUCACUCGCCAACUCACUAUAUUGGGCUCUCGCCGAAGGCCACGCUUGCGAGCAGUCAGCUCGACGCAACGCUAUGGAGAACGCCUCUAGCAACGCUUCCGAUAUGAUCGGCAAAUUCCAGAUCCUGUACAAUCGUACCCGCCAAGCCGUCAUUACAGGUGAACUGGUUGAGAUUAUUACAGGUGCAGCAGCAUCAGCAGAUGCUUAA